CCCGCUGUAGGAUUGAAGCUUACUGUCAGGGGUCUGGACAGUGUAGAAGGACUAGAUGGAAGGAAAGCAUGAGAACGGAAAGCUUUGCUGCGGCUCUCCCAGUUGAAUAUUUGAUUGAUGAACUCUGAGAAACUAGUACAGGACAGUACUGGAGAGAAGUGCUCCUAUGACAGUAGUUUACCAGAACAAGAAGGGAAUGAGACUCUGUACUGCAGCUGACUGGGCACAGUGGCAUCAAGAAGUGUUCUCUAGACACUUUGUCUACUUGAAGAAUAAGGAACUCUACACAACGUUUGCCUGUUCUCUCUUGUUUUUGUUUUUAAGGAACUUGCAGUAAAACAAACAUUGCUGCUGGUGUUCCUUAUCAGCUUGUUAUUUGCUGACUUGAAACCUUGCCAUCAACCUGCAAGGUGAGAGAACGGUACCUAUGAAAAGCUGAAGGAGACCCAGUGCAUUGUGGGCCUCUGGCACAAAUUAUUAUUCAUAUUCAUCACCAUCACUUGCGUGAUCACUUGCAGAGCACUUUAAAGACCAGCUUGACUGACUUCAGUAACUUUCAGAUACAAUGCACUAUACUUUUAUGUUUGUCUCUGCACUAGAGAACUCCCUUAUCCACUAACACUGAUCAUUCAUUGAGGACUUGCUGAUUUACCCUAUCUACCUCCUGCAUCUCUCCAGGAAGACUUUGCUGGCAAGCAGAAUGCUGCAACAUUCCUCAGAAGCGGGACUGGUUACCCUGCCCCGCACCCUGGCUAUCUGGCCCCCUCUAGACUUUGCGUUGGGUGCUGCAGCUUGCUGUGGGGCCUGUGUGUUCACCAACCCUCUGGAGGUGGUGAAGACCAGACUGCAGCUCCAGGGCGAGCUCAGGGUGCGUGGCUCCUAUCAGAGGCACUACCACGGCGUCCUGCAGGCUCUCUGGGCUGUUUCCAGGGCCGACGGACUGCGCGGUCUCCAGAAGGGGCUCUCCGUGGGCCUGCUCUACCAGGGCGUGAUGAAUGGAGUCCGACUCGGCUUCUACUCCUACUCUGAGGCUUCAGGUUUCACUAGGGCCCCUGGGGGCAGUCUACUUGCUGGGGCCGCUGCUGGGGCGCUGGGGGCCUUUGUAGCCAGCCCUGCCUACCUGGUGAAGACGCAACUUCAGGCCCAGACAGUGGCAGCCAUCGCCGUGGGGCAUCAGCACAACCACCUGGGCGUGUCCAGUGCCUUUGUAAGUAUCUACAGGGCGCAGGGGAUCGUAGGGCUGUGGCGUGGGGUGAAUGGAGCCGUGCCUCGGGUGAUGGUUGGCUCAGCUGUCCAGCUCGCCACCUUUUCCAGUGCCAAGGAAUGGGUCGUCAGCCAGCAGUGGUAUAAACAAGACAGCUGGCUGGAGGCUCUUAAUGCAGCCAUGCUGAGCGGGGUUGCCGUGGCGAUCGCCAUGACCCCCUUCGAUGUCAUCAGUACGCGACUCUACAAUCAGCCGGUGGACAAGUUGGGCAGGGGCCAGCUCUACAGGGGGUUCCUUGACUGCUUUGUGAGGGUGUCCAGGAAGGAGGGUCUUGUGGGGCUCUACAAAGGAAUGGGGCCCUCCUUCGUGAGACUGGGUCCCCACACCGUAAUCAGCAUGCUCCUGUGGGACCUGCUGCGGCACACAGCCUUCCAAUACGAGGGCUGAGGGAGCGGGACUGGGAGCAGCAGGGUGCGGAGUUAAUCACUGCACAAUUCCAGGGAGGGCGUGGCUAAGAUACCUGAAGGGGAGGAGCUUGUUACUAGUAAUACCAGAGUGGGUGGAGCUGUUGCUGUGGGGGGGGGGGGGGACUAAAAAGGAGAGGUACUUUACAAUCAGCCAAUAGCUGAUGAGCCCCUGAACUCAAAGUUAGAUCUGUAGUUAUUUCCGGUACCAGAAACACCAUCUGAAAACAAGGAGAUCUGUGGAACUUGUUGUAGAUUCUUUAUCCAUCUGCUGUUGAGAGUAGAGGCAGGAGAGUGACUGCUUCUUGCCUCACAGCAUUACAGAGUGGCAACUGUAUCUCCACAACAAUCAGGGAAGAUGUGAAAAUGAAAGGUAAUGAAACGGGCAGUGUUCAAGUGAUUUUAGACGAGGGGGGUCGUGGUUGCUAUAAACAGCUAUAAACAGUGUUUACACAGAAUAGACUUGGUGGAGAGACUGUCCUUCAGGGGAAUACUUUAAUCUGUCGCUUUUUUUCUGUUUUUUACUUGGCUGAACGUAAACUGGAUGACUAAAGACUGUAAUAAAUAAAUGAUGUCGACACA